GCCUCCCGUGUCGGGGCUGGCUAUAAGAGGGGUUGGUGGGGCUGCGAGGGCAGAGACUUGGACUCCCUGCCUGACCAUGACCCACAGCCACCAACCCUCUGGCCCUGCCCUCACCCCCCUCCUACUGGCUGUGCUCCUGGGCGGCCCUGCGCUGGCCUCGGAGAUCGUGGGCGGCCGGCCAGCCCGGCCCCACGCCUGGCCUUUCAUGGUGUCCCUGCAGCUGCGUGGGGGCCACUUCUGCGGAGCUACCCUCAUCACCCCAAGCUUCGUCAUGUCCGCGGCUCACUGCGUGAACGGCAUAAACUUCCGGUCUGUACAGGCAGUCCUGGGGGCCCACAACCUGCGUCGGCGUGAGCGCACACGGCAGACGUUUACCGUCCAGAGGGUCUUUGAAAACGGCUUUGACCCCACGAGCUUACAGAAUGACAUCGUGAUUCUCCAGCUCAAUGGGACGGCCACCCUCAAUGCCAAGGUGCAGGUGGCCCAGCUGCCCGCCCAAGACCGUGGCGUGGGUGACGGGGAGCGGUGCCUGGCCAUGGGCUGGGGCCGGCUGGGCAUGAACCAGCGACAACCCAGUGUCCUGCAGGAGCUUAACGUGACCGUGGUGACCUCUCUCUGCCGCCGCUCCAAUGUGUGCACCAUCGUGCAUCGUCGGCGGGCUGGCAUCUGCUUCGGAGACUCUGGCGGCCCCCUGGUCUGCAGUGGAGUGGUCCAGGGCAUCGACUCCUUCAUCCGGGGAGGCUGCGGCUCUGGGUUCUACCCAGACGCCUUUGCUCCUGUGGCACAGUUCGCAAAUUGGAUCAACGACAUCAUCCGCGGUCAUGAUGAUGGCUCCUCUCCCCACUCCAGGGACCCUGUGAGCAGGACCCCCUAGGAGGGACUGCCCCCGUCAUUCCACCUCACCUGCUCAUGGCUGCAUUAACCACUGGCACAAUAAAAACCCUCUCUGUUUUGUAGAAUGUGUCUGGGAAUUUGUUGCCUGCGAAACUGGCUGUUGACUGGUCAAGAAGCUGUCUUGGGACAGCUCCAGUACGCUACCACCAGGUGGCGACAAAGUCAGGGCAUUGGAGCAAGAAGUGAGCCCACUUUCUCCUCCACCCUCCACCAAAGGAUGCCAGAUAACCAACCAUUGUGGUGCAAAGUCCUGGUCAGGAGCCUGGGUUUAGGAUUUCCCAGACUUGUUUUGGGACUCUGGGCAGGUGGCUUGCUGCUUCUCUGAGCCUCAGUUUCCUUGAGGGAGGGAGUGAGAUGCUGUCUGGGAAGUACUAAGCCAGGGCUUUGGGUCCCAGGCCUCCUUUGUCCUCACUGGGUGAUGCAGACAAGCACCCCCCCACCUCCCCAGGCUCAGUUUCCCCUCUGACAACUGGGGCAGAGCAUUUCCCAAGGCAGCCCCCAGCCCAAAUGGAGGACAGGUCCAAGGCAGCAGCCCUGGGGAAGGGGCUGGCCCAGGCCCCUCUGUCUGCCUUCCUGAGCCUGAUGAGGACCCCUCUCAGGCCACAGUGGGGGCCGUGACACACAUGGCCUCUGUGCCAUUGUGUGGCUCACAGUCUGACGGGGGAGGAUACCAACCCAAACCAGCAGAUAAAGGACAGCGAUCAGGUCCUCCUCAUGAACUCUGAGUAAAACGCCCCUCCCUCUUGUUCCUGGCCCCAAAUCCUUUCCCACUGGAACGCACCAGCAGGGCUGGCCCCCACCUGAGCACCUUUGCCCGGGCUGGUUCAUCCCCCUGGCCGGCCCUUCCCACAGCUGUCCCCGAGGCAGUUCCCCUUGUCACACUUCCACCCAAGUGUCAGCUGCUCAGGGGACAGGGAAUGACCCACUGCCCAGCAACUGCACACCCUGGCAAUCUUCCCACACAGACCAGCAUCUGAGGGAAGGUUGGGGAUCCUCACUGUCAUCCUUGCUGCAUUUCCAAGUUUUGUUGUGCUCUCUAACUCAGCACCCUAACAGGCUUUUGCUCACCGUUUCUGAUUUUAAUAAGGAAAUGUGUUUUAAAACAAAACAAAACCCGUUGCCGUUGAGUCAACUCCGACUCAUAGCGACCCUAUAGUACAAGGUAGAACUGCCCCAUAAGGUUUCCAAGGAGCAGCUCAUAGAUUAGAACUGCUGACCUUUUGGUUAGCAGCCUGAGCUCUUAACCACUGCACCACCAGGGCUCCAGAACACUGUUAGAAUCUAACAAAUCACAUUUCUUGCAUUGUUUUCUACUCUUCUCUGUAUGAAAUAGUUCACUGGGCAGAGAAACGAAGCAGAGGGAAAAGUAUUACGUGGCUGCGCUCACAUGGACAGACGUGACACCCACCCACUUCUGUCCCAGCGCCUCCGCCCUCUGGGUCCAAGAAAGCUUGACCCACCAUCACCUACGGAGGGCCACGUGACCCAGGCUCGGCCAAUCAGAACAUGCCCAUCUCCUGCCCACAGUGAUUGGUUUGGGACGGGACAUGUGAUCCAAAUUCAGCCAGUCAGAGGCAGCCCUGAGACUUUGGCUAAAGUGAUGGAGAAUGAGGCCUUCACUUUGGGAGGGAACUGCUGUGCCUCCAGGGUGAGGCUGGGGCUCCUGGAGUCACAAGAGGGGAGCCUGGUGAGGAGAGAAACCAUCAAGGAGGAAAGGAGAAGCCAGAGGCAGAGGUCCAACAUUGUUCAGGGACCUAGAUCGAGCCAUAGCUAAAGGCAGAUACCCCUAAACUUGGCAUUUAAAUUCCAGUUGUUGAAGGCUCCACCCAGUUUGACUUUGAUUUUCUUACUGGCAUUUAGCUGCCCCUACACACCAUCUUCCAAUAUUUUACUUGUUGGUGCGUCAGGCCUCAGAGGCUGCGGAGACAAGGGUGUUGGGUGACCUCCCCCUACCCCUACAGCAUCUUCAAGUUGGAGAAGGAAGAAAAAGAAGGGAGGGGCAGAAGGGUGAGGAAGUGGUUGUUUACAAACUGUGGGUUCCAGCGUUGUUGUGUAACCCUGGGGCUGGAAGGACACUCUAGGGCCGGGUGGGGAGGCUGGAGCGAGGGCUCAGCCCUCCUCUCUGCCCGCUCCCCAUCCUGAGGGGCUGCCCUCUCUCAGGGACAGCCUGGGCCAGGCUCACAGAGGGGAAGGGACCCCCAUUC